UCCGGUGGUUGGACGAGCAAAAUCAAAAUGUUAAAAUUUAACGCUCAGACAGCGGGUUUUCAUUGAUUUUUGACCGAGAAAGUUCUUGAUCAACGAAAUUUUGAGCUUAAUAACUGUCAUCAAAAUCACUUUUACAGGAGAUUUUCACAAUGGUAAAGAUACAGUGGAAACUUUUGGAGUUGCCAUGGAGAUUAAAGGUCUCAGCCAUACAGUCUUUCCAAUGGCUACGACUGUUAAGACAGACAUUAUUUUACAACCAUUUUACCUCAACAACAGUCAUCAUGGAAACUGCGGCAGAGCCUAUGUUUUGGACUGUUGAUAGAUUUGCAAAAUACUUAGGACCAAUAUUUAUGACAGCAGUAGUAUGUUUAGUAUCAUCGGUUAUUGUAGUAGCCUAUACAUGUUUAUUACCACAAGAGUACACCAAAGGUGUUGCAAGAUGUAUUUUCCAUCUAAUUUUUGGUCAUUGGUUAUUGGUUAAUGUUGUGUUUAACUAUGUGAUGGCAGCAUUUACAAACCCUGGAAAUCCACCAUAUGAGGUUCCAGAAACAGUAUCUAUAUGUAAGAAAUGUAUAAGUCCAAAACCUCCUAGAACUCAUCAUUGUAGUAUAUGUAACAAAUGUGUGUUAAAAAUGGAUCAUCAUUGCCCUUGGAUAAACAAUUGUGUUGGAUUUUAUAACCAUCGAUAUUUCUUUUUAUUCAUUGUUUAUUUAUCUAUUGGAGCUAUUUAUGUGUGUGCUGUAGGGUAUGAUUCCUUUAAAGAACAUUUCUAUGGAGAAAAGGAAUAUCCAUUUCCAGGGUUUAUGUAUCCUCUCAAUAUAGCACAUGAAGUUUGGCAGCAAACAGCUACAGUAACUGCAGCACCAUACAAACAUGACGAGAAUGAUUUAGAAAUUGAUUACGUGGAUGCAUUUUUCCACAAUGCUGUAUUGUACGAGUUUAUUUUGGCCAGUGGAGUUUGUGUGGCUAUAUCACUGUUAUUGGUGUGGCACAUCAAAAUGAUCAGUUAUAAUGAAACUAAUAUAGAAAUCCAUAUCAACAAAAAAGAAAAGACCAGACUGAAAGCUCUGGGGAUUCAAUUCAAGAAUCCAUACCAUCAUGGAAAAAUAAGAAAUUGGAAAAUAUUUUUAGGAUUAUAUGAUGGAAGAACAAUCUGGAGACAUAUUUUAUUACCAUCUACACAUCCACCAGAAGGAGAUGGAUUACGCUGGCCAAAAGCUCAGUAUAAAUACGACAGAAAGAAAGGAAUAUUGCAGCUCUUAUGACAAAAACUGUAUCUAGGAAAAUAUGACUGACAAUAUUUAUUAACCAAUUUUAUCGAAGACCACAGAUAUAUUUUAUAUGUCAUUAAGGGACUGUUUGUGGUCAAAUUUAGUUUUUAGCUCACCAGUCCUAAGGAACUGUGAGCUUGAGCCAUCACUUGGCGUCCGUCGUCGUCGUCCGUCUGGAGUAAACUAUUUCAAGCAUCUUCUUCUCUGAAACUACUGAACCAAUUCCAACCAAACUUAAUCUGAAUGAUCCUUAGGGUAUCUAGAAUAAAGUUUGUGUUUUAUUUUCUGUUUCGUCUAAAAACAUUGCCGCCAUGGCUAAAAAUAGAACAUAGAGGUAAAAUACAGUUUUUGGCUUAUAUCUCAAAAACCAAAGCAGUUAGAGCAAAUCUGACAUGGGGUGAAAGUGUUCAUAAGGUAAAGUUCUAUCAGUCCUGAAAUUUUCAGAUGAAUCUAAUAACCCAUUGUUGGGUUGCUGCCACUAAAUUGGUAAUUUUAAGGAAAUUUUGCAGUUUUUGGUUAUUAUCUUGAAUAGUAUUAAUGAUAAAGAUAAACUGUAAACAGCAAAUAUGUCCAGCAAAGUAAGAUCUACAAAUAAGUUUUAUAUGACCAAAAUUGUCAAUUGACCCCUUAAAGAGUUAUUGCCCUUUAAGGACAAUUUUACACAAUUUGUUUAUCAUGUUUUCUAACUUCAAAAAAUCUUCUACUCUGAAACCACUGAACCAAUUCCAACCAAACUUAAGCUGAAUAAUCCUUAGGGUAUCUAGAAUUAAGUUUGUGUUUUAUUUUCUGUUUCGUCAAAAAAAAAUGGCCAUCAUGGCUAAAAAUAGAACAUAGUGGUAAAAUGCAGUUAUGGCUUAUAUCUAAAAAACCAAAUGAGUUAGAACAAAUCUGACGGGGUAAAAGUGUUCAUUAGGUGAAGUUCUAUCAGCCCUGAAAUUUUCAGAUGAAUCUAAUAACCCAUUGUUGGGUUGCUGCCACUAAAUUGGUAAUUUUAAGGAAAUUUUGCAGAUUUUGGUUAUUAUCUUGAAUAGUAUUAAUGAUAAAGAUAAACUUAAACAGCAAAUAUGUUCAGCAAAGUAAGAUCUACAAAUAAGUUUAUAUGACCAAAAUUGUCAAUUGAUCCCUCAAGGAGUAUUGCCCUUUGAGGACAAUUUUACACAAUUUGUUUAUCAUGUUUUCUAACUUUAAAAAAUCUUCUCUGAAAAUACUGAACCAAUUCCAACCAAACUUAAGCUGAAUGAUCCUUAGGGUAUCUAAAAUAAUGAUUGUGUUUUAUUUUCUGUUUCGUCAAAAAACAUGGCCGCCAUGGCUAAAAUUAGAACAUAGGGGUAAAAUGCAGUUUUUGGCUAAUAUAUCUCAAACACUUUAGCAAUUAGAGCAAAUCUGUUCAUAAGGCCAAGUUCUAUCAGCCAAGAAAUUUUCAGACGAAUCUAACAGUCCAUUGUUUGGUUGCUGCCACUAAAUUGGUAAUUUUAAGGAAUUUUGCAGUUUUUGGUUAUUAUCUUGAAUAUUAUUAAUGAUAAAGAUAAACUGUGAACUGCAAAAAUGUUCAGCAAAGUGAGAUCUACAAAUAAGUUAAUAUGACCAAAAUUGUCAAAUGUGUACUUAAGGAGUUAUUGCCCUUUAAAGACAAUUUUUCACAAUUUGUUCAUCUAGUUUGCUUACUUUA